GCGCCGGGGUGAGGGAGGGGGUGAAUCUGCAGGACUCACCACGCCUCGGUACGGCAAGUUCGUCAGCCAUAUUGACUGUGUGCACCUCCGGCCGUGGGAGCCUGGCGGAGGAGUCUCCCGCAGCCCGUAUCACAGUAUCACCGCGUCAGCCCUCGGUGCGCACCGUGUCCGGUAAACAGCGCAGAGGAGGACGGGAAGGUGAAACGCUCUAUUUUUACGCGCGGUGGAUCUAUAUAAAGACGCGCAGCCAGCUGGAGGGGGUGACAGUUGGACACAUCCUCAGCCGCCGGGCGUUAGAGGUGCUGGUGCCCCGUAGGGAGGCAGGAAGACGGAGGACGACUUCUUUGCGGUUUCUCAUAAUCAGGGGACUGGUGGAGAAAGAAGAAAGAUGCCUAAACCGAUCAAUGUGCGCGUCACCACCAUGGACGCUGAGCUGGAGUUUGCCAUCCAGCCCAACACCACAGGCAAACAGCUCUUCGACCAGGUGGUGAAGACGGUGGGUUUGAGGGAGGUCUGGUUCUUCGGCCUCCAGUACACAGACAGUAAAGGUUACGUGACGUGGCUCAAACUCAACAAAAAGGUGACCCAGCAGGAUGUGAAGAAGGAGAAUCCGCUACAGUUCAAGUUCAGAGCAAAGUUCUUCCCAGAGGAUGUUUCCGAGGAGCUGAUCCAGGAGAUCACACAGAAGCUCUUCUUCCUGCAGGUGAAGGAGGCCAUUUUAAACGAUGAGAACUACUGUCCGCCGGAGACGGCCGUGCUGCUGGCCUCCUACGCUGUCCAGGCCAAGUACGGAGAUUACAACAAAGAUGUUCACAAGCCGGGCUACCUGGCCUCCGACCGGCUACUGCCACAACGAGUUCUGGAGCAACACAAGCUGACAAAGGAACAGUGGGAGGACAGAAUACAGACCUGGCAUGAGGAACACAGAAGCAUGCUCAGGGAGGACGCCAUGAUGGAGUAUCUGAAGAUCGCUCAGGACCUGGAGAUGUAUGGUGUCAACUACUUUGAAAUAAAAAACAAGAAGGGCACGGAGCUGUGGCUCGGGGUCGACGCGCUGGGGCUAAACAUCUAUGAGCAUGAAGACAAGUUGUCGCCAAAGAUCGGCUUCCCCUGGAGCGAGAUCAGAAACAUCUCCUUCAACGACAAGAAGUUUGUCAUUAAGCCCAUUGAUAAGAAAGCUCCAGAUUUUGUGUUUUACGCCCCUCGGUUGCGCAUCAACAAGCGCAUCCUGGCGUUAUGUAUGGGAAACCAUGAGCUGUACAUGAGGAGGAGGAAGCCCGACACCAUCGAGGUGCAGCAGAUGAAGGCUCAGGCCCGAGAGGAGAAACACCACAAACAGAUGGAGAGAGCGCAGCUGGAGAACGAGAAGAAGAAGCGAGAGCACGCGGAGAAGGAAAAGGAGCGAAUAGAGAGAGAGAAGGAGGAGCUGAUCCAGAGGCUGAGGCAGAUCGAGGAGCAGACACACAGAGCUCAGAAAGAGCUGGAGGAUCAGACUCGCAAAGCACUUGAGUUGGAGCAGGAGCGGAAGCGAGCGAAGGAGGAGGCCGAGCGUUUGGAGAGGGAGAGGCAGGCGGCGGAGGAGGCCAAGGCGUCGUUGGCUCAGCAGGCGGCCGACCAGAUGAAGAACCACGAACAACUGGCUGCUGAACUUGCGGAGUUCACUGCUAAAAUUGCUCUGCUUGAGGAGGCAAAGAGGAAAAAAGAAGAGGAAGCAACAGAGUGGCAACACAAAGCUCUAUCAGCACAAGAAGACCUGGAAAAGACCCGGGAGGAGCUGAAGACAGCCAUGACGUCUCCACCGGCGCCAGAGCACGACGAACAGGACGAAACCAACGCCGAGGCGAGCGCCGAGCUGCUCAGCGACGGCGUCACCAGCCACCGCAGCGAGGAGGAACGCAUCACUGAGGCGCAGAAGAACGAACGUGUCAAGAAACAGCUACAGGCUCUGAGUUCCGAGUUGGCCGAGGCCCGUGACGACACAAAGAAAACUCAGAACGACAUGCUGCACGCCGAGAACGUCAGGGCAGGAAGAGACAAGUACAAAACCCUGCGCCAGAUCCGCCAGGGUAACACCAAGCAGCGCAUCGACGAGUUUGAGUCCAUGUGAGGAGGGGGGGACACAACGAUGUCAACGCAUCACUUUCCUUGUGGAGCCCGAAACCUGCAGGAGCUCCUGCUGUGGUCCUAUCAGGACAAGGAACGACCAGCUGACGGGCUUUGUAGCUUCAGCCUCGCCAAAGCUCUGCCGAGCAGCGGUUAGCCAAUCACACAGCGACCUGCUUUUUAGAGCGCAGCCCCCGAUCCCAACGAAGCACGUCUUUUAAUCGGUUGGAAAAAUAGCAAGCGACGUAUUCUGUCGAUCACGGACACCUCCCUUUUACAAUACUGACAAUAUUAAUGCUUGCAUGUCUGAUAAAUAAACAGCAACAGGAGCGUUAGAGAAAAUGCCAUCACCCAGAAUUGGCUGAUGUCGUGCUUAUACCCAACAAAAAAGAAAAUGGCCGUUUGUAGCUUUUCAAUGUUGCUGGCACACUCGUCCGUAAAGCUUUAAUAUCUGUACCUUACUUUUAUUUCUUUGUAAUCAGUUGAAUUUAAAUAAUUUGUUUAAAAAAGUUAAAAAGAAAAGAAAACCGCCUAAUUUGUCUCUUUUCCUUCCCAUCUUGUCACCUUCUGUCAUUUUGUGCAGGGGAAGUUUUCAAUGCUGAGGUCAUUUUGUUUUCAAUGCUGAGGUGUUUGUUCCAAUAUGUAAUUUACCCCCAGAAUAAAGAAUUAAUUUAUAUUUCAAACGACGCUGCUACAGAAAGAUCUGUCUGCAGGGAUCAGAGCACGUUAAUUUGGAUUUAUUGACUAAGGAAGAUGCGUCAGAAAAACCUGUUUGAACCUGACAUGAUGUGGUGUUACUGUAAAACUCAAAAGAGGCUGAAAUUGCAACUUAAAGCCAGUUUGUAAUAAGUGUUCUUUUUUUCUGGUAAAUCAGGUUUUGCACAUUUUCAGCUUCCAACUGGAGUGAAAUUCUUUUGAUGGCUGUAAUAGUUACCACCAGGACACACGUUAUUAUUACCAGAUAUACUACCUGUGUUGUUGAAAAUACUUUUACGAGUUGAAUUAAUAAUUUCCUUACAAAACUAGAGAUGCAAAUCAUCUUUUUUGUGCAAUUUUAUAGAUGCGCUUGUCAUUUUAAUCGCUCUCAUAGAGUAGAUGUCCCACCAAGGCCCAACAGAACCUUAUAUUCAAUUAAGUUGCACCAAACUGCACACUCAUAGAUAUGAAUCUGUCCCCUCAAGAUUCCUAAUUAUUUUCAUCAAGAUUCAUGAAUUACUUGGGAAAACUGUGAAUUUGUCAAUAAACGCCUUAUUUCACCAUGUUAGAAAAAGUGAAAACCUGGAUCUGCCCUCUGAUCCGGAUCAACCCCGGGGUUCUUCCCUGACUAACACCACAUCCUUCCACUAAUUUCCGUUGGUUAUCCGUUGAGUUGUUUCUGUGUGAUCCUGCUGACAAACAAACAAACAGCAAAACGUGACCUUCUUGGCGGAAUAAAACCAGGACAAUGCGACACAUGAAA